AUGCUAAGGAAGAUGAUUGAUUAUACUAACAAAGUAUGUCUCGCACCCAUGGUUAGAAGUGGUGAACUUCCAAUACGACUACUAUCACUCAAAUACAAUUGCGAUUUAGUUUGGUCACCAGAACUAAUCGACAAGAAAUUGAUAACCACAACUCGAGUGGAGAAUAAGACACUAGGGACUAUCGAUUACAUUGCCAAAAAUAACCACAACAACAAUAAAAAACAACCUUUUCCCGAGACGGUUGUGUUUCGCAAACAUCCUCAUGAAUCGGGUAAACUCAUUUUGCAAUUGGGUACAUCUGAUCCUGAUUUGGCAGUUGAAGCAGCACAAAAAGUGAUUGAUGAUGUCGAUGGAAUUGAUUUAAACUGCGGAUGCCCCAAGUCAUUUUCAACUCAUUCGGGCAUGGGUGCUGAAUUAUUGAAGACUCCCGAUUUACUAUGUUCAAUUUUGCAAAACCUAGUUAUCAAGGUGGGUAAACCCAAAAACAAACCCAUUAGUUGUAAAAUUAGACUAUUACCCAACUUUGAAGCAUCUCAUAAACUUGUAAAACAAAUAUGCUCCACCACCGGUAUUGCCAAUUUAACUAUACAUUGUCGUACACCAAUAAUGAGAAAUCGACAAGAUCCAUAUUGGAAUUAUCUACCCAAAUUGAUACCCUUGAUUCAAUCAUAUGGAAUUAGUGUUGUACUAAAUGGUAAUUUCCAAUCACGAAUGGAUUUAGACACUGUGCAACAGGCUUUAAACAAUGAUAAAUUGAGUAUCAUGAUUGCUGAGGCUGCCGAAUGUAAUCCGUCAGUAUUUGCAAAAUCAGGAGCAGACAACUCAGUACAACUGCAACAUCAAUUGAUUAAUGAAGUGUAUGAUCUUGGACUGAAGUAUCACUUAUAUUCAGGUACAAAAUUUUUAGUCAUGAAUAUGAUCCCCGGUAAAUCAAAAUAUUAUCAGAAAUUCUCUCAGCUGAAGAAUUUUGAACAAAUGAAACUAGUGAUUGAUGAAAUGAAUACCAAACAAGAUAACUUGAACGAUAAAAUUUAUCAAGUCAUGAAUAAACAUUGUCAAAAACUGCAUUUUUUCCAAGAUGCAACUGCAUUUCACAACUACAUCACUGGCUCACGCCGUGAUGAAAUUUUACAAUUUUUCAACAAUUGGAAAGAAGGGGAAAUGUUGAAAGAUUUAAAUGAUUCUCCAACAAAGAGAAUAAUGGAAAUACCAAAACAUAAACAAGUUAAACGACAAAAGAAACAAUGCAAUGAGGAAAAAAGCAAAGGUGAAUGGAAACAAAUGGUUGAUUCUGGAGUUGAAGUCGAUCGCAAUCUUGAAGAUCAAGCCGUGGCUACUAACCAACUAAAUAAACAAGAAAAAAUACAAGCUGUUUGA